CGAAAUCUCAGUGUACUUAGUGGAGCUCCACGGCCGUUUGAGGAGGAAACCGCUCGACAACAAGAUUAACGGGCGAACAUUUGAAACCACCAUCACAGCCAUUACUGACCGCCUUCUCCACACUGCGGACUGACCGGUCAUUACUGCACCGAGCUGAUGAAAAGCAGAUCUAAAACUUUCGAAACGGAUAAACACGAAAGUGGCGGGGAGUUCACGAGGCCGAAGUCGGCUUUCUAUUCGCCAGCUUCUUGUUCCAACUUUGCUUUUCUACUUUAAGUGGUUUAUGUGUUACUAGCUAUAAAGCUAAGGGAGCAGUAACUUCGCGCCGGCGGUUUGAAUGCAUUCUAGCGCCUGGGCGUUAUAAUAAUAAUAAUAACGACAGCAGCAACAACUGCUGCGCAAUUUAACCUAAGGGUGGAACAGGACAAUUCGAGGAAGCUGGCGAAUCAGCCUCGUCAGGAGUUUCACAUGUAGUUAAAACAGAAAACAGCUACACGUGCCAGAAUGAAGAAGCGAGUAGCUACAUGUGGGGAACAAGAGGAAACUGAAGGAGAGGACUUAGUAACGCUGCAUACAAAUCAAAUAUGUGAAACUGUAGAAGAUGAUGAAGAUGAAGAAUUUUCUCACCCAAUUCCUUGGCGAAAGAUUGAGGCAGAGGGACUGGACUGUGACCAUGGCUUGCUUUUUUCCAAAGAAGAAGCGGAUAGACUUUUCAGCCGACUAGAGGAGGAGGUGGAGUACUUCACAGGUGACCAAGCUAAGGUGCAGGUGUAUGGGAAGUUGCACAGUGUUCCCAGACAGCAGGCAACGUAUGGAGAUGAAGGACUGAUGUAUUCUUUCUCUGGAGUCCAUCUUCUGGCCAGACCAUGGACUCCUACGCUGGAGUAUAUCCGUGAUGCUGUCACCAAUGCAACAGGACAGACCUUCAACUUUGUCCUAAUAAACAGGUAUAAAGAUGGCCAUGAUCAUAUAGGCGAACACCGGGACGAUGAGCGGGAGUUGGACCCCACCUGUCCAAUCGCUUCUGUCUCUCUGGGGGCUGUGCGGGACUUCAUCUUCCGACACAAAGAUGCCCGGGUUGGGCCAAACAAACGCCAGAUCAAGCCUGUGAAGCUGGAGUUGGAUCACGGAAGUCUUCUGCUUAUGAACUCUCCCACCAACACAUACUGGUAUCAUAGCCUCCCAGUACGGAAGAAGGUGAAGACACCACGCAUCAAUCUCACCUUCAGACGCAUCAUUAGGAGCUGCCAAAGAAGUGACGUUAAAAACAAGUGACUUAUUAUUAUUAUUAUUUCAUGACAAACAUGAAAACCAAGUUCAUCAUAUCAGAUUUGCAGUCAUGUUGUUGAUCAGGUAAAGCACUUUCUCUUGAAGCUUUUCUAACACUGUGUCCAGUGCCAUGUCAGUUUUGUUUAGUAUCACUUCCUGGCACUGGUAAUGACGGUUAUAUACAAUUGUAUGUGAAAGUUUGGGAACCCCUGGUCAAAUGAUGUUUUGUUGAUAAAUAAGUUAACACAUCCUCUCAAGGGAAAACACUUCUGCCUGUUUUAAUGCACAAUCACUGUUUAUUUGCUGACUUUUACACAUUGGGGAAAAAAUAAACUAUAAAAUGUGGCCUGUGCAAAAGUUCUGGCACAUUUUAUAUUGUGUUUUAUUUUUUUCCAUCAUAUUAACUUAGCAAAUAAACAGAAAAUGUGCAUUAAACGCAUUACUGAAUCAGGAGGAAAAAAGAACAUGCUAAAAUAUUAAACUGUUUCAACAAGCUUACAAUCAUCACAUGAAUCUGCUUGGGGGACCAAAGCACCACUGAUGUUGCAAAUUAUUCUUCUGCACAUUACGUCCAAUUACACAUUACCACCAGAGAGGUCUCCAAAUCCCCAACACUUUAUAUAGUGUAGCUUUAAGUGUGUUUCCGGUAGAGGAUGUUAUUUUCACAAAGAUAAUCAAAAAAGCAUGUCAUUUGACCAGUAGUGCCCAAACUUUUGUAUACGAUUAUGUUUAAUGUGUACACUAGAUAUGGCAUAGCAGCAACCAGGUUUGGACUGACAUAAUAGGUUGCAUGUUUCAGUUUGAUGAUGUUUUGCACUAUUACUAUAUAUGCUGUGCUUUAAAAGUUGACAGCAUAGUAAGUAAAAGAACAAAUUCAAGAUUAUUCAAAGGAUAUGCAUUUAUUUUUUUUAUAAAACCAAAAACUACAUGUGGAAUAAAUAAAUGAAACACAACCAUACUUCUGUACAAGACAUUUCUAAUGUAGAGUGAAAAAUCAAAACAAAACAAUAUGGUCCCCAUGAGUACAUUUUCGCAAAAAGGUUCAAAGAUUGAACUAGAGAAGGCAAUAUUUUGGCAAAAAAUUGUGGCAAAAAUCAUAAAAGGGUAAUAACGAAAAUGUUAUUGUAUAAAUAUAUACAUAUUUUUGCAAGCAGACAUAAUCAGAGUGAUUUUUUUUUACUAAAAGUCAUACUUAGUGUUUUAAAUGCCAGCACUGCUGGACUGAGUAUGAGGUAUUUGCACAGCUGUCUAUCCAUAACCUGCCUGUUAAAGUCUAAUGAAAAUCACUUUAUUUUCCCCAUGGACAGCUACACAAGCUAAGUCUUGACAGCAGACGCUUGCCAGAGAGAGACAAAUACUUAAUGAAUUAGAUGGGUACACGGUCAGAAUUAAGAAGUUGUGCACUGUGGACUUUCAGAAGGUUGUAGUGCUAUUGAAAUGGUGACCUGCAUUUCAAAGCUUCAUUUUGUAACUCCGUACAUACGAUCACAGUUCGGACUGCACGUUAGUGGAUGUGGAAAGAGUUUUGCUGGGAGAUAAACAGUUGUGAGAAACACAAACUCGGGCAGACGUAAAA